AUGAAUAACGAUGACAAGAAGAUGUCCAGUUGUCUUAACGGUGGAGAGUUAGCCAAGCCGGUGGCCAAAGACAUCGCGGAGGAUGACGCGGAUUGGGUGUACACACCGCCCCCGGACAAUCAGCGGGAGUUCGAGUUCCCUGAGGAUGGUCUUAUUUUCUCCUCCCGUUUCGACAGCGGGAACUUGAUUCAAGUUGAGCGCGUCGGCGCGUAUCGCUACAAUAUGUAUACAUCCCCUGACUGCGGCAACUCACCAAAGCAAACAAACAAUCGACAAUGGUUUCACUUUGCCAUUCGAGGUGGAAGUCGCGGCUGCGUCAUCACCUUCACGUUCGUGGGCAUGAUGCACAGCAAGAUGUUCACGUACGGGUGGAUGCCAGUGGUGGCGGUGUGCCCGGGGCGGCCGCAGUACACACGGCUCCCGGGCCGCGCCACAGUCGUCACUCUCGAUGCGAUGCCGCCGACGCCUGGUUACCCCGCGUUCGUCAUGAAGCCGUGGGUGAAGAAGUCCAGCGACGUGCAGGGAGCCGGUGACGCGGGCAAUGAGGACGCAGACGCCAACGGAAGCUCGGAGGGCCUACCCGAUGUCAUUGAAGUGCCUGCGGCUGCCACAAAGAAGAAGAAGAAGGACAGCAGCGUUGCGAUGAACCUAACCUUUGAGGUACGCCUUGACAUUGAUACGUCACUCAGUGCAUCGUCGUACUCCCUCGGCCACCCGCAGUGUCCGGCAACGUAUGUCGCCAGUAAUCACCCCUACUCCUACACAACGCUGCAGCAGAACAUUAAGGCAUGGAAGCAGCAAGUCGCGGGGACAGGAAAGAAUGGUAUUAGCCCUGAAACGUCAUCAGAAGGCGGGUCCGGGGCGUAUCCUUUGUCUACAUACUUUCACCAUGAGAUUCUUUGCAAAUCGUUGGAUGGACGAAAUGUCGAUCUCCUCACCAUCACAGACAGGUCCGGCAUUUGUACCGACAGAGCGCCUUUGUAUGCUGAGGGCGACAUACCGUAUUCCUCUGCAAUGGGUGAAACAGUACGACCUCAUCACUUUGUGGGAAAACAGUUUGUAGUGCUUUCCGCCCGUGUCCAUCCUGGAGAGAGUCCUUCGAGUCACGUAAUGCAUGGCUGUAUUGAAUUUCUUCUUAGCCAGGUAGACCCACGUGCGAUUGCAUUGCGCUCACGUUUCGUGUUUCUUCUUGUGCCGAUGAUCAACCCGGACGGUGUCGUUAGAGGACACAGUCGUGCUGAUACAGAAGGGGUCAAUCUUAAUCGCAAGUACAGAAAUCCUUCCAAAAGGCGACAUCCUGCACCCUACUGUAUACGAAGUCUUCUUCACUCCAUUGCCUCAGUUAGGGGACGACUUGCCCUUUUUAUUGACAUGCAUGCACAUGCAAAUAAGCGGGGGAUGUUUUUCUAUGGAAACUCCAUGGAUGCCCCAGAGCUUCUGCAGAGUCUCAUGUACACCAAACUGGUAGCGUUGAACACGCCAUAUUUUGAAUUUCAAUCGUCAAAUUUCUCGGAAGCAAACAUGUUUGCUACUGGGAAGACAGGUGAGGGCCGUGACAAUUCCAGCCGUGUGACGUUGUACCAGGAGACAGGUAUCGUUCACAGCUACACCAUCGAAGUCUCGUAUGUUAUAGGGAACACCUUGAAUUCACUCCCAGCUAUCUCGAACUACCCAGUGGACGAGCCCGAGGUGCUUCAAGGUACGCCAUGUCCCAAGUAUUCUCAGUCGGCAUUCGCUGAUGUUGGAAAAGCAUUGCUUGUAGCGCUGCUUGACAUGAAGGGAUUUAAUCCCAUGAGUCGUCUUCCUGUCACUCAAUAUCACACCGCGAAAGGGCUGCUAGCAGCGUUGCAACGGCAGCUCCAGGUUGAAUCGGCGGAGCGGCUGUUCAAAAUUGCGUUCAUGAAUGGCGGACAGGCCGCCCUUUCGCGAGAAACUGGUACUGACCCACUCUAUGUGGUGAUGGCUGCCCUUAGGCGCGAAGACCUCCCGGAUCUCAUGACGAUCAAGGAUGGUCGUGGGAUUCCCCCCAUUACAAUUCGUGGAUUUUCGGAUUUCAUGCCGCUUGAUCAGGCGGUUCAACUGCUGGCGCACACACCGCCGACGUGCCCUCCGCGCACGUUUGUCUGUGGCAGUGGAAGGCGGGCAAUGUCACAAAACGCCGGUGGAGGGCCGUCUGGGCGACGCUCCCUCAGCAACGCCGUGCCUGGGAUGCUAGUUGUGGGCAGCGCGACAGGAGCGGUUUCCACGGCUGGUCGAAAACCCCUUACUGGUGUUAAUUGA